CCACGUGACCGCCGUCGCCCGCCCCAGCCGCUUCCCCUCGGCUCCAUAUUGAAAUUGACGGAGUCGGUGCCGGUCACAAAAUGGAGUAACCUGCAUUAGACCACACGGAGGGAACUGGAGACUCCAACAGAACAGCUAAGGAUAACUUGCUUAGCUUUCCAACCCAGUUACUGAAUACAGAGUGCCUUUAACACUUCAAAGGAAGACAUUCUCCCAGUGCAGUAGCAAUGGUUUGGCCCUGUGGAGUUACAGACUGGUUAAAAGGAGCAACUGAGUUGGAGCACUCUUCCAAAAUGGCCACACUCAAGGAGGACCGAGACGUUGAAGACUAUAAGAGGAAAGGGAGGCGAUCUUCACAGGGUCAUGAGCCUAAAGAGCCUGAACAACUGAGAAAACUGUUCAUUGGAGGCUUGAGCUUUGAAACGACGGAUGAUAGUUUAAGAGAACACUUUGAAAAAUGGGGCACACUCACAGACUGUGUUGUGAUGAGAGACCCACAAACAAAACGUUCCAGAGGCUUUGGCUUUGUGACUUACUCCUGUGUGGAGGAGGUAGAUGCUGCAAUGAGUGCUCGACCACAUAAAGUUGAUGGGCGUGUGGUUGAACCAAAGAGAGCAGUUUCUAGAGAGGAUUCUGUAAAACCUGGUGCGCACCUAACAGUAAAGAAAAUAUUUGUUGGUGGAAUUAAAGAAGAUACAGAGGAGUAUAACUUAAGAGAAUACUUUGAAAAAUAUGGCAAGAUUGAAACCAUAGAAGUCAUGGAAGAUAGGCAAAGUGGAAAGAAGAGAGGCUUUGCUUUUGUGACUUUUGAUGAUCAUGAUACAGUUGAUAAAAUUGUUGUUCAGAAAUACCAUACUAUAAAUGGACAUAACUGUGAAGUGAAAAAGGCACUCUCAAAACAGGAGAUGCAGACUGCUAGCUCACAAAGAGGUCGUGGUGGUGGCUCAGGCAACUUCAUGGGUCGUGGAAAUUUUGGAGGUGGUGGUGGAAACUUUGGAAGAGGAGGAAAUUUCGGUGGCAGAGGAGGCUAUGGUGGUGGUGGCGGUGGUGGUGGCGGCGGGAGCAGAGGAAGCUUUGGGGGUGGAGAUGGCUACAAUGGAUUUGGUGAUGGUGGGAACUAUGGAGGUGGACCUGGCUAUGGUAGUAGAGGGGGUUAUGGCGGUGGUGGAGGACCAGGCUAUGGAAACCCAGGUGGUGGAUAUGGUGGUGGAGGAGGAGGAUACGAUGGUUACAACGAAGGAGGAAAUUUUGGUGGUGGGAACUAUGGUGGCAGUGGAAACUAUAAUGAUUUUGGUAAUUAUAGCGGACAGCAGCAGUCUAACUAUGGACCGAUGAAGGGAGGUGGCAGCUUUGGUGGCAGGAGCUCAGGCAGUCCCUAUGGUGGUGGUUAUGGAUCUGGAGGGGGAAGUGGUGGCUAUGGAGGGCGAAGAUUCUAAAAAUAGAUUAUCAGAAAUGGGCUACAGUUCUUAGCAGGAGAGAGAGCGAGGAGUUGUCAGGAAAGCUGCAGGUUACUUUGAGACAGUCGUCCCAAAUGCAUUAGAGGAACUGUAAAAUCUGCCACAGAAGGAACGAUGAUCCAUAGUCAGAAAAUUUACUGCAGCUUAAACAGGAAACCCUUCUUGUUCAGGACUGUCAUAGCCACAGUUUGCAAAAAGUGCAGCUAUUGAUUAAUGCAAUGUAGUGUCAAUUAGAUGUACAUUCCUGAGGUCUUCUAUCUGUUGUAGCUUUGUCUUUUUUCUUUCUUUUUUUUUGUUUGUUUUGUUUCCCAUUACAUCAGGUAUAUUGCCCUGUAAAUUGUGGUAGUGGUACCAGGAAUAAAAAAACAAUUAAGGAAUUUUUAACUUUUCAAUAUUUGUGUAGUUCAGUUUUUCCACAUAGUAAAAUUUCUUUAACAAAAAAUAAAGAAAUAUAGCUUAGGGUGUUUCCUUGUUUAGUUAAUAGAGAGAUUAAUGCGCUUCUGAAUUACUAUUUUGUAUUAAUUUAAAGUUAACAAUAGAAACACCAACUGAUCUGCAGUCUUAAAGGGUCUAGUCUCUAAGUGUGUAUGUAUAUGCAACUGCCAUUGACAUGAGUUUUUUAUAUAUGCACACAGGAGACAUUUGUAUGUUGCAAUAUAGUUUGUUUAGAUGUACAACUAGGAUUGAGUUUAAUUUAAAUUAGUGUUUGUGAAUUAUAGAAUUAAGUUUUACUUUCAAAUGAAAAUUUCAAAUUACUUUGGUUUGUGCAUAUUUUUUUAACUUGCUCUGUAUUAGUGCUAGCUCUGCAAAACAUAAGGCAUAGUAAAUAUUUUAAACAAAAAUGACUUCAGCCACGUUCAAGCUGCCUCAUUUGAGAUGUAUUAAGGGGAUACCUGCAGUGUUUGUGCAGAUUCUGGGUGAAGAGAAGGGCUUGUUUUUAUACACUUUUAUUAUUUUAAAACAAAAUGAACUCCCUUACCUGUUACCCUAAAAUGGGGGUUUCAGAUGUAUAAUCUGCAGAGGUGAUCACUUGGCCUGUAGCAUUGAUUGGGGAAAGGGGGGAGGAGGGAAAUGUUCUGUAGCUACAGCCAAGUGCCUGGGCAAGAUCCAUAGUACUGCUAAGGCCCCAGUGCCACAAGAAUAAACCCAGCAUUUUGGCUCAUUCCCAUGGCAGCAGGAAAUGCCCACAACACUGGGCUUUUUCCCGUGGUGCAAGUGCCCUAGUAGCACCAUAGCUCAUGCCCAGGCACUUGAGCCUUGCGGUGGGGAAAAAUGCUGUGGUGCCAGGAUUUUUCCUGCAGUGCAGCUGCUCUCACUUGGAUGCUUAGCAGCCAAGUUGGCAAGGGCUGAGGCACCCUAGGAAAAAUCUCAGACUGGUAACAGCCAAGCGCCUAAAAGACCAGGCCUCUCUCUACCGGGUCCUGGACUGGCAUGAGGGAAGGGGAGUCCAAUGGGUGUGGUCUGGCCUGCAGGCUUGUCUUGCGGUACUUAUUUGCCCGCAGGGCCAGACAAGCUUGAUGCCCCUGCCCUAGAACAUACCUCUUUGGUAUAUGAAUAAAGCCAUGCUUUGGGAGGGUAGCAUGGACCUCUUUCGCUCCUUCCUUCCCCCUGAUUUUAACUAUUUCAUUUGACCAAGCUGUCACAGAGAGAGAGGUAUAUGUUGAAAAACAAUUUAAUGGCUAUAUACUUUCUUGCAUGCACCAUAGGCAACUUUUCUGGAUACAUUCUUCUGACUGGGAGCCAAGGGUAGCACAAGUGUAAUCCCUCACAAUCCCAGGUAAUCCAUUGAGAGACUCCUGAUGCUGGACACAUUAGCAUAGUUCAUAAGCACUUAACCUGUUCAAAUAAGGUUUAAGGUUAAGUGAAAACCUUCUGUCUUUUUUUUUGGCUGGAAGUGGGAUUUUUUUUUUUCUGGCUACCAUGUGAUGGCAGACUUGGUACCACUCUGCUUACAGAGUUCAUGUUUAGUUUGAUAUGUUCCAGUUUUCAUUUGAUUUACACUGGAAUGAUUCAAGCUUCUUAACAUAAAGGCCUUAGCAAGUGAGCUCAAUCCCUCACUUCUGGACUCCAUACCUGCCACCCUUCCCCCUCCCCAACACCUCCCAAAUCCAGGCAUUAGCCUGCCCUUUCCUCAAGCUGAUCUGACUUUUCUCUCGACUAUUGCCAGGGCAUUGCUUUCUUUCAAUACAGACUCGGAAGAGUAGGGACACAGUCAGUAGAAGAAAGUCCCAGACACUUGACAGUAUGUGGUGCUGGAAUUGCUCUCACGUGUUUCACCUCUGGGUCAAUGUGCAGUAUAAGGUAAAUGCAAUUCCAGCAUAGGAAUGGAUUUGCAAAGAUGUUUAUGUUGUGGCUUAAGUUACAAUCCAAACUGCUAAAAGUUACAAUUAAAGAAGUUGUAGAAAAUACAUCAACACACACAAGGUGCAUUACAAAAUCAUUUUGAACAAUGUUGUUAAACAUUGUUAUGGGAACAUGUUCAGAUUUCAGUAUGCUGAAACAAUGAGCUGAAACAAUGAGCACUGUCAAGGUUGCUAAACUGCAAUUUUUUUUUUCAUUUUGGUUUUAAAGCCAGCUUUUUGUGUGGAGGUACAACGUAGAUCUUAAUCUU